GUAAGUUUGAGUAAUAAGAUACCUGGCUGUAAAUGUUCUUCCCAAGGAGUAAGGAGGGGGAAAAAAUAAGGUAGGGAGGUACAGAGGCAUAGGUAACACGGUGUGACGCACUCUACACGAAGCCACGCAGAUUUUCACAAAGACAGCACUGAACUUUGGUAGACCUACAGACUGUUGCAUGUUUUCAACGAGAAGGAAGAAAUCACAGAGGCCGGGAGUCUGCCAUGCGGAAAAUGCACGCCAAGGAUAUUUCUGGACCCGUUUUCAUUCAAAGCUUGAAGAGAAGUAUAACUUUUUAGCUUCCAUAAAGAUUAUUGAAACUGCCAGUGCUUGUAAACACGAUUCAUUUGAUAUGGGCAGAACUGUCAGCUGAAUGAAGCCCUAAUCUGUAGCACUGGAAUGUCUGCUUUUUGUUGAAAGAACUAAAAAUGUCAUGUGGUGGAAAAGAUUCACGCUAAUGUUUUGACAAGCACACAGUUUGAAUACAGCUUUAUCUGCCUAAAGGAAGCAAGAUAAGAGGGGAUUUUAUUGAGGCUAUAAUCGUAGCCCUCCUGAAGUGGGCAAGAACAAACAGGGGAUUUGCUCUGACAAAAGACUUCUGUUUUCUCAACCAAAUGAGCUCUUUGUGACACUGACUGGAUACACAGGGGUGAUCUAACUGGUAUUUUAAGUGGAUUCGGGAAAGCUGUUAAAUUCCUGUCAUGGAAGGGAACAAUUCACCUGGGUCAUUACUCCAUAAGUUAUUAGCCUCACCUAGGUUUGCAAAAAGAGAAUCUCAGCAGCAACCCGGGGAAAGUACUGUGUUAAAGUCGUUCCGGACGUUGCCCAAGGAAGAGACGUAUGAACACCCUACUAACCAUAGUGAUAUUAAUACCAGCUGUGUCCGUGUUGGUUCUCCAAAUGAAGAAGUUUUACAGAGGUCUCCUUUUCUUGAUUGGAGAAGGCCCUUUUCUUCUUCCUUUGCUGACUUAAACUCAGAUGUAGUUCAAGUCACCAGAGUGGAGACCUACAUUGACAAUGAAAAUGAAGAGGAGAAAGUUAUUGACAAUGAAGAUGAAGAGGAGAACGUUAUUGACAAUGAAUAUGAAGAGGAGAAAGUUAUUGACAUUGAAAAUGAAGAAGAGAAAGUUAUUGACAUUGAAAAUGAAGAAGAGAAAGUUAUUGACAAUGAAAAUGAAGAAGAGAAAGUUAUUGAGAAAUCCUCAUCUCUUGAACAGAACUGGGAUCUGCAUCAUCAUGGAAGGGAGAGUUAUUUUUCUAAGACACACUCCAUACUAUCUGAGUUGACGAGAGGAGAUGACAGAUCUCUUCUGAACAGGACGUGGUCUAUUGAGAGUUCUGACAGAAAGCAGGAGUCAUCUCCUUACACAGUAGAUGAUUUACGACACAAGAUUUCACCUAAAGGACUUCUGGUGGAUUCUUAUCAAAACAAUGGUGAUGGACAGAGAGUUUCUCCAUACAGGACUGAAGACUCUCUUCACGUUUCUCCAUCUAAAAUUGAGAGCUCUCCUUACAUUUCUGCGCUUAAGCUAUAUACAGAGUCUGAAGCUAUACCAGCAGCAGAUGGAAAUGUUUUGGACUCCGGGUUGCAUUCAGAAAAGCAAAUUUCCCACGAAGAAGAGAGUUGUGGAACAGCUACUCCAAAUACGAGUUUCAUCAGUUCAGAGUCCCUCAGCUCUAUAGCUGUUACCUCUCCAAGCUCCACUGUCCAGCCAGGAGGUGACAUGACAAAGGACGCUUUAUGGACGGAUCAGAAAGAGUCCAUAAAUGAUUCUGUACCAGGUGCUACAUCUCCUUCACAAGUCAUCACAGAGGACCUGCCUGCCAUCAAGAACACUACAUCAAUCCCAUCCACGUCUCCUACUCACAAAUCGCUCUCUACAACAUCAGCCAAGGAACCAUUCCAGAUGCCAGCGCUGUUCAGCGGUGUACGGGUACUAAAAAAAGGUGCUGUGGGAGACGAUCGAGAGACCGUGUCUGAAAUCAAGCAAAAGGAUACAGACCGGGCACUGCUGAGCCUGAAACAGCAUGUCAACAAAGCCAAACUCAAACAGCAUCAAACCAGCACCUCCACACACAAAAAGGGAACUGAUCCCAAAGCUGGGGCUGAGUCCAAAAAUCAGUGGCGGCGAAUGUUAAAUUUUGAUGAAACCCGCAAUGAGGAGAGCAUAGAAAAAGAGCCAAAGGGCAAUGAAGGCCUCAAUACAGGAGAGAAAUUACAAGCACAUGAUACACCAGGGGAGUCCUUCAAGUUUUUGUCUAGUUUUAAGCCCCUUUUUAAGGACAGUGUCGGAGAUACUUCAGUUGACGUAGAGGCUGUCAAGAAGAAAAGAAAAAAUGACAGAGAGCUACUGAAGUCCAUCUUUGAGAAACAGCCAAGCAAAUCAUUGAGCAUUGACAAGAGUCCAGGAGAAACUGAGCUCACCUCUCCAGGAGAAAGUGAGGACAGGACUCCCGGGAGACUUCAAGCAAUAUGGCCACCACCUAAGCCUAAUGAUGAAGUGGAAAAAGUGGGACUCCGUUACACCGAAGCAGAGCAUCAGGCUGCUCUUCUGCAAUUGAAGAGAGAAUGUAAAGAGGAAGUAGAAAAACUUCAGGCUGACUCCGAGCUCCGGGUGUUCCAGCUGCGUGGAGAGCAUGCAGUGGCUCUUACCCGACUGCAAGAAACCAUUGCUGAACUUCAGAAGGAUCGAGGCUAUACACAGAGCAAGGGAAAAGUGUGCGAUGCCUGUGUGUCCACCGAGGACGACACAUUUCUCAAAACCUAUCGCAACGUUUGCAUCCAAACCGACCGGGAAACUUUUAUCAAGUCCCCUGAAAGCGAGAAUGCCAAACCUGUUCAAAGCCUGCCUCGAAAACUCGACCUCGACUCCAUCACCCAGAAUCUGGGCGUGGUACCUGGAGCACCGCCUCCACCACCUCCUCCUCUGCCUGGCCAACUGCGCGUCUCACCAGCUUCAGGUUCUGCACCAGCACCACCACCCCCUCCUCCUCCUCCACCACCACCACCACCACCACUACUACCUGGAUCAGUGCCACCACCCCCUCCACCUCCUUUACCUGGAGCCGGGGCUGCACCACCGCCACCUCCACCCCUUCCCGGAGCUGGUCCUCCACCCCCUCCUCCUCCACCACCUGGAUUGCCAGGAGCUCCACCCCCACCUCCACCUAUUUCAGGGGGUGGUCCACCACCUCCUCUGCCCACCUUUGCAAUGGCAAUGGAAAAACCACCACGCAAACCAGCAAUUGAACCAACAUGUCCAAUGAAGCCACUCUACUGGACUCGGAUUCAGCUUCAAGACAAUAAUAACACGCUGUGGGAAUCUCUUGAAGAGCCAGAUAUCGUUGACCCAAAAGAGUUUGAAGAGCUUUUCUCCAAAGCCACAAUGCAGCCAAAGAAGAAACCUCUUUCCGACACAUAUGAGGAGAAGCCCAAAGCCAAGAAGAAAAUCAAGUUAUUAGAUGGGAAACGUUCUCAAACCGUGGGGAUCCUAAUAUCCAGCCUUCAUCUGGAGAUGAAGGACAUUCAGCAAGCUGUUCUUACUGUGGACAACUCUAUAGUGGAUCUGGAGACGCUUGAAGCGUUAUAUGAAAAUAGGGCUCAGAAUGAUGAACUGGAGAAGAUCAAAAAACAUCACGAGAACGCCAAAGAGGAUGAAGUCACACUUUUAGAUAAGCCUGAGCAAUUCCUAUAUGAACUGGAUCAGAUCCCGGAUUUUUCCGGCCGAACUCACUGCAUCAUAUUCCAGUCAGUGUUUCUAGACUCCAUAGUGUCUAUCCACGGUAAAGUGGAGAUCAUCUCCAGAGUGUGUAAGGGUCUGUUGGAAAUCAAUAGUGUAAGAGACGUGAUAGGUCUUAUCCUGGCCUUCGGGAACUAUAUGAAUGGCGGGAACAGGACCAGAGGGCAAGCUGACGGCUUUGGCUUAGAAAUUCUUCCCAAGCUGAAGGAUGUCAAGAGCAGGGACAAUCGCAUCAGUCUGGUGGAAUAUGUGGUGUUAUACUACCUGCGAAACAUGGACAAGGACGCAGGUACGGAUAAGAGUAUUUUCCCACUGCCUGAGCCUCAGGACUUCUUCCUCGCUGCUCAAGUCAAGUUUGACGACCUCUUCAAAGACAUGCGGAAGCUAAAGAGGGAUCUCACAGCGUGUGAAAAAGAUGCACAAAAAGUGUGUGCCAACUCCUUAGAAGAACACCUUCAACCAUUCAAAGACAAAAUGGAUACUUUUCUCACCACUGCAAAAGCAAAGUAUGCGGCUGAAGAUGAGAACCUCAACGCUGCCCAGAAAAGCUUCAAGGAAAUGGUCACCUACUUCGGAGUCAAGCCCAAAUCUGGAGAGAAGGAAGCUUCACCUGACUAUGUUUUCUUACUAUGGUAUGAAUUCUGCAAUGAUUUCAAGAACGUAUGGAAACGUGAGAGUAAGAUCAUCUCUCAGGAAAGAAUAAAGGAAGCUCAGCUGAAUGUAAAAAAGAUCACGGCCGAGAAGAAAGUGGAGACGAAAAAGGUCAACGCCAACAGUCUGAAGGAGAGGCUGAGGCAGAAAGAGACAAACGUUCCCUCCAGCUGAAGAAAAAAAAAGAAAGUACAGACUGAUAAAGCAUUAUUUCAUCCAAUGUUAAGAGGGACAGUUUUGCACAGGAGUAUGUUGGUCUAUUCUGCCAUAAUGUAUAGUAACGUAGUGCUCACCAGAAAUCUGGAAAUCUGUGUUUCCCUCUUUUUGUGGACAUUCAAGUUCAAUCAAGAGUUGAGGGACUUAUCAGGAAAUGAGCCAUCUCUAUCUCCACGUGAAGGGUAGAGACAUCUCCUUGUAAAGGUGCUCCUGGUCAGAAAAGGUUCCACCGUACAAAUGAUUGCAAACCUUUCUGAAUUUCAGAAUCUCAGCUUCAUUUAAAACUUUGACAAAUUAAAUCUCAAUGGAUAAAAAAGAAAAAAGAAAGAAAAAGAAAAGAUAGUGAAGUGAGACGUCUGCAUUCAUUCAAAAACCAGGACAUUUAUUAAAAACCUUUUAACAGCCAUCUUGUAAGGCUUGAUGAAUUUAACGUGAAAAGAGAGAGACAGGCAGGAAAAGAGAGAGAGAGAGAGAGAGAGAGAGAGAGAGAGAGAGACACUUUGCCUAUAAAGGGUUUUUAUAAACUUCUAGGUCAUAAGGCUUUCUCUAUAUAUUUAUUUUCUAUAGAAUAUAUACAUUAGUGCAGACAGAAUGGCAGACUUCCAGAACUCGUCAGUCAGUAAAGACCUCACUUACACACCUCAAGUUACCAAUAAAACUCAGAGUUAGAGGAGAGAUAAAACUCCUUCAUCAGUCAGAGUUUUUUUUUUAAACAGUUUUGGUCUCGUCCCAUGAGUAAGGUGGUUUAAACUCUACGUACCUACUCGGUCUCCGUAGGUGUAGGUACUGUAUACGACAGUCACAUGCACUUUCCUGCUUGCAGCAGCAGCCCUUGUGCCACUUCCUUUUUACUAGAUACGAUUUACCUCCUUUACUACGUCUCCUGCACCUCACUUGUAGUUUCUAUGCAAGCUCCUUGCUGAACAACAGUUAUGGCUCAUGAGAGCCAUCGUGUCCAUGUACAAUAUAAUAUAUUUAUUUUCCUAACAUUUUGCUGAAGCUAAUAUCCUUUAAAUGGUGUGUUGAAAAGUGAACAAAUUAGUAAGCCUGUACCUGAAGAUGGAUAUGAAUACAUAUAUAAAUAUAUA